AUGUCGACAACAAAAACCUUAUCGGUCCGAAUCUUCCAACAUUUAGUCCCGUACGCGCGCGCGCAACAGUUACAACACGCGAUUCACUGCGCGAGGAAAAAUGCGUUCGUCCCGGAUACGCUUUUAAUUCUGCAACACCCUCCGGUCGUGACGGUCGGGAAACGAAGCGAAGUUGGCAUGAAGUCGAUUAAAACGAGCGAAGAGAAGUUGAGGGAGUUGAAAUGCGACGUAAUUAAAUCGGAUCGAGGCGGCGACGUGACGUAUCACGGACCCGGGCAAGUUGUCGUGUACCCCGUUAUCCACUUGAGGGAGAAAAAAUUGGGGGCGAGGAAAUACGUGGAAAAGUUAGAAAACGUGAUGAUUGAAGUGGCAAAGAAAUACGGAAUUACGAACGCGAGAGGGCAAAUGAAGAACGAGGAGGAUGGUUCGGACAUGUCUGGCGUGUGGGUUGGGAAGAAGAAGUUAGGUGCGGUUGGGGUGAAGAUUAGCGGCGGCGUGACCAGCCACGGGUUCGCGCUGAAUAGCGAGACGGAUUUAGAGUUUUUCAGGGAACAUAUUUUGCCGUGCGGAUUAAAAGGAAUGGACGUGACGAGUUUGAAAGAUUUAGUCGGGGAAGAAAUGAAGAUGGAACGAGUGGAGGUGGAGAUUGUGGACGCGUUUGCGAAGGAGUACGGGUACACGGAGGUGUACACGAGACGAUGUUAG